CUAUGGGCUUUGUGGCCGCCCUGUCGGAAAACCCGCGCAAGAAAAGAGAAACCCGCAAGCCGCCCGCGCAGACCAUCGCCCCGUUGCCACGGUCAAAUUCGUCGGCGUUUGGUGCCGCGGCGUGACUGUCCGCCGGUCGCGGCGCGCGUCCUGCCUGGUUGGAUCCCUUCGGACUUCCGCAGAUUCCCGCGCGGGGGUGUUUGAUUUGGAUGAGAGGAGCGCGGCGGCGGGAUGGGGACCCCUUCGCAGGGCUCGGCGGCCGUGACGGCGGCCCGGGUCGACCUCUGCGCGCUCGACCUCAUGCCUGUCUUUGCCAAGGAGAUGAUCGCCGGCGGCGUCGCCGGCGCCUUCUCCAAAACCGCCAUCGCGCCGCUCGAGCGCGUCAAGAUAUUGCUGCAGACCAGAACAAAUGAGUUUGGGUCUCUUGGAGUUCUCAAAUCAUUGAAGAAACUGAGACAACUUGAUGGAGUCAUGGGGUUUUACAAAGGAAAUGGUGCCAGUGUGAUGAGAAUUGUUCCUUAUGCUGCAUUACAUUUCAUGGCAUAUGAGCGGUACCGGUGUUGGAUUUUGAAUAACUGUCCCUCACUGGGAACAGGGCCUUUAGUAGAUCUUUUAGCCGGUUCAGCAUCAGGGGGAACUGCUGUAUUGUGUACUUAUCCCUUGGAUUUGGCCCGGACUAAGCUUGCCUUUCAGGUCAAUAGUUCAGAUGAACUCAGCAGAGCUUUGAAAAGGGGAAGUCCCCAGCCAGCAUAUGGAGGAAUCAUUGAUGUCUUUAGAUGUGUUUACUCAGAAGGUGGAGUGCGGGCUCUUUACCGAGGUGUAGGUCCAACACUCAUGGGGAUACUUCCUUAUGCUGGUCUUAAGUUCUACAUAUAUGAAGGGCUGAAGGUACAUGUACCAGAAGAUUACAGAAGUUCUGUAACAUUGAAGCUGUCAUGUGGUGCUGCUGCUGGUUUAUUUGGACAGACUCUGACAUAUCCAUUAGAUGUUGUCAGGAGGCAGAUGCAGGUUCAAAAUCAGCAACAACAUGAACAAUUUGGUGCCCCACGAAUAACGGGCACAUUCCAGGGUCUUGUGUCCAUUAAACAAACACAGGGUUGGAAACAAUUAUUUGCUGGCUUGAGCCUCAAUUACAUCAAGGUGGUGCCUUCAGUGGCCAUUGGUUUCACCGCAUAUGACACCAUGAAGCAUUUGCUGAAGAUACCUCCAAGAGAGAAGAAUAAGGUCUGAGCAUGGUCCUGCUUGAAAUUUUGGCCGCUCAAUUCUGCAGCUAGCAGAAAAGCACUGCUUCUUUCUAAGGCAUGGGAGUGCCGUAUGAAGCUUACAAUAGAAUGAAGCAGCCUCGCCCGCAAUUCUGUUACCUAGUACUAAUUGCGUUGUGUCACGUGAUAGCUUAUGUACCUGACAUAUUCUUUCAUUCUAAUUUUCCUCAUUCAUCUA